AUGAGUGACAAUAAUGAGAAUAAACAACCUGUUUUUAACAAACCAACACAACGAGCUUCACCCGGUAUCCAUGCAGUACAUGUAAAUUCAGCCAGAGAAAUGGUCAAACUUCACACGCUGGGCAGACGCCCACCAGCUCCAGCAACUUCCGCUAUGCCCAAUACAUCAAGACCAGCACCCACUCCAACUGCCUCCUCCAUGGCAUCAUCAUUCCCACUGACCCCAUCAUCCACUCAUUAUCACCUUCAACAUAAUUCCAAAAUAUCAGUUCCUUCAGAUUGUAAGAAUCCACAAUGUGCUCAUUGUGGAAAAGUAGUCAUCCCAGCACCACAAUCCUCAUUCCCCAUUCAAGAUGUCCCUUCUAUAACCGUAAACAAUUGGAAUAUCUAUACGAUCAAAAAACCAAUCCUUAAUUCCCAAGAACUAGAUUCCUUGGAAUCACGAUAUGAAUUCCCAUUACCCGAGAUGAUCUUUGGGAAUAAUUUAGUCAAACUUGUGAAUAAACCCACGGGAGGCAGUAUUGAAUUCAAUGCAUUAGAUGCGUUAGAUUCAUUGGAUGAUGAGAGUCAUUUAAAAGUGAGUUAUCAUGAACUGUGGCUUGAAUCGAGGAGGAAGAGACAGGCUAAAAGUAAGAUCGAGAAAGAUAUUAGUGAUUUGACGGAGAAUAAUGAUGUGGUGUUAAAGCCUUAUGAUUGGACAUAUUCACCUAAUUACACCGGGACUGUAAGGAAUUUAGAAUUUAAGGAAACGGAUGAAGAUAUCCCGAUUGAGAAAUUAAAACGACCUGAUCCGAUUUUGUUUUUUGAUGAGUCAAUUUUAUUUGAAGAUGAAUUGGCGGAUAAUGGGAUUCUGAUGCUUUCAUAUAAGAUAAGAGUAAUGCCUAGUUGUUUGUUAUUAUUGGUUAGGUUUUUCCUUCGGAUAGAUAAUGUGAUUUUUAGAGUUCGGGAUACGAGAGUCUUCAUUGAUUUUGAAAAUGAUUUGGUAAUGAGAGAAAUUAAAUUACAAGAAUUCCCUUAUGAUGAUUUAUUAAAGAAAGCAACAAUGGCAAAAAUUGGAAAUGAUCCUAAGAAAUUCUUAAGGGAUUCGGAUUGGGUAUCAGCAAACAUUCCUGUGAUUAGUAAAGUUGUAGAAACUAACAAAUAG